UAUGGGUACAAGUCACACUCCUCAAAUACCUACCAAUUAUCGAAGAACCCGACAUCACCCCUAAACCUCUGUCGCUGCCACGAUAUCGUCCUUCACAGUCCCGCUCCACGUCGCCGACUAAGCGCUCAAAGAUGAGUCUCACGUCGCAAGCAAAUCUUCAUCAAUUCGAGAAGCCGGCUCUGUUCGAUCGGGUCCGAGGGAAAACUGCCCACAUCGCCGUGAAUAUCAAAGGGCUAUACAAAGACAUCAAAGCCGCAGCUCUGUACCGGCAGCGCAUUGUAUCGCACGAGUACGCGAAUUCUGGAUCUUAUCUUCGGAUAUCUUUUCAAUACCCGUCGAUCAGUCAAUAUUCACGGCCCUCUCCACAUUGGAUCUACAAGGUUGAUUCUAGAAGCGUAUGCUUUGGUUGCAUCCUCAGACGCUGCAAACCGGUGGAUUGAGACUUCAUUCUACCGUGCUAUGGAAGUUUGGGUCCUAGAAGGCUAUAUUUCGCCUGAAAUACCG